GGAAGUGAGUGCUGAGAGCCGAGAUUCAGUUUCUAAGCCAAAUAUUUUCCAUAUUUUAGGGCAAAGGAAGAGACUGGAAGUGGAGACUCUGAGGAGGUGUGUGAUUCAGUGGUGACUGUGACCGGGAGACCACGUGAGGCUGUGGGUUCGUGCAUGGUGGUAGGAAGAUAGCGUGCAAUCCUGUGCACAACUGUGUGACUGCGGGUGGCUGUAUAUGACUUGUAAGUGCAAGUGAGGCUGUGAUGGACAGUUGUAUGUCUUAGCACUGGGCGUGACUGAGGAUGACAAUGUAACAUCCAGAGCUCAUGGGAUGUGUGCCUUAGUGACACUUGGGGAACAUGUGUUGUUGGAGUGUGACUGUGGACUCUGUUGGUAAUUAUGUGAAGUGUGUGAGACGUUGUGUGAGCACGUUAAUGAGUGGAAUUGUGUAACAUUGUAUAUAUAAUUUUCAGACUGUCAUUAAAGGAUUGUAUGACAAUCACCUAUAACUGUUUGCGUUUAUGUCAUCAACAGCCUCCGCUCUGUGCCCCAACUUGUGCUGAGUGACACUGGGGACCCAGUGGUGACAGAUGCCUUCCCUGUCCUCAUGGGGGCACUCAGGCCGGUGGGGGGAGACAGUAUUUGUGAUGUGAUUUAAUGAUGGUGUGAACGUAUGCGUGGUGGACACAGUAUCAUGGGAACUGUAGGAAGCUGUGAUUGUGUUGCUGUGUGAGUGCAGGAGUACAUGCCCAGAGUGCGUGGCUGUGUGUCACUGUAUCACAGAUGACUGUCAACCUGUGGGGGAGAACCUUUGGCUCACGGGGUGUGACGCUGGACUGUGGGACUAUGAAUGAAUAUGAAGAACAGGUUCAGUGAGGCGCAGUAUAUAAGACUCUGUGCCUCUCGGCAGCUCAGUGUAUGGGAUCAUGUGUGACAUUGUGUGCAUGGCCUCACGUGUGGUGGCUGGAUGGGACAAGUGGGACAACGUGAGAGGCUGUGCGCGCUGGAAGAGGGGGUCCUCAGGAUGCUGACUCUGUGACUGUGCUCCCCCACGUGACCCUGAGUGGCUGUGAUACUCACAGAUGACUGGCCCCCUGUGCCAGGUCUCUGCCCCAGCUCCCUGCUCCUGUUCCUCGGCCCGCCCUGGCCCCGCCCCCUACCCCUACCCCAGGAUGUCACCUCCCGCGGAGCCCAGGCGAGGCCGUGGAGGCGACAGCGUCAGAAGCAAGUGAUUGAGAGGAGAGCUGGGAACAGGUGAGGGCUCCCCCAUCUCAGCCACUCCCCUGCCCUGUGUCCCCUCACAUCUCCGGAGCCCUCUUGCUCUGUGCCUUUGUCUCAGCUUCUUUGUGCCCACGGUCUAUGUCCUUCUAUCUAUCUCUCAGUAUCUCUGUCGCCACGUCGCAAAUCCCUGUUUAGCCGCUAGUUCUGUAUCUCCGUCUCUGUCCCCCAUUCUCUGUGUCUCUCCAUGUCUCUACCUCCUCUCUGUCUCCGAGCCCACAUUUUUGUCUCUGUCUUCCUCUCCCUUUUGGUCUCUAGUCUCUUGCCGUGUCUCAUUCUGUCUCUGUGUCUUUCCGUUUCUAUGUUUGUCUCAAGCAUUUUUGACUCGUGUGUUUCUGGAACUCCAACCGACAUCCUCCUGUUUUCUCCUUUCCCUGCAUGGUGCCAGAUGUGGUGUGUUGGGGAGUAGACUGAUUUCCAAGCAUCUGGGCCCCUCACCUUUCUAGUCCCUAAGGAGAGCCAUUGUCCCAUUAACUCUGGGUUUUAUCCGCAGCCGGAAAUGUUUGAUAAGGUCGGGUUCCUAUCCGUGACUUGAAAACCCUUUGAGCUGGGAGAGUGGGAAGUCCAAGAGUCACUUCGAGCUACAUGCCCUCCUCUCCAAGGUGGUCCCCAGGUUCCCUCGAGUCUCUAGGUCUAGACUGCGGGUGACCCUGGAGCUUCCCGUCCAGCGCAACUCUAAGGCAACCGCACCCUCUGCAAACACUCCCCUUCCAUCACCGCUGCCCCAGCAACAGCCGGGGGCGGGCCGGGGAAUCAGGUGUUGGAGAUCGGUCUCCGCCCACUCCUCAAGACUCACCCCCUCCCCACCUGGCCCCAAAUCAUCCCUCGUAGUUGUGGGGGGCGCUGUCUCCGGGGUACGUGAUUCCCUGAGCAGGGGGCGCUGGGGCUGGGAGAGGAGGCAGAGGCUCCUGAUUCUUCCUCGGACCCCCAGACCCGGCUGCCCUUGCGUGACCGGACCCUUCGUUCCCCAUGCCCUGCUGCCCACACGAUGCCCACCUGUCCACCCUGGUGGCUGCUGCUUCUGCUCUCGCUGUGGGAGCCGCUGCUCCGGAGCGCAGAGGCAGGCUCUGAGGGGCAGACAGCGGGAGAGCUGUACCAGCGCUGGGAGCGGUACCGCAGGGAGUGCCAGGAGACACUGGAGGCCUCGGAGCCCCCAGCAGGCCUCGCCUGUAACGGGUCCUUCGAUAUGUACGUCUGCUGGGACUACACUGCACCCAACGCCACUGCCCGUGCGUCCUGCCCUUGGUAUCUGCCCUGGCACGGCCACGUGGCUAAAGGCUUUGUCCUCCGCCAAUGUGGCAGUGAUGGCCAAUGGGGACCUUGGAGAGACCAUUCUCAGUGUGAAAACCCAGAGAAAAAUGCGGUUUUUCAGGACCAAAGGCUGACCUUGGAACGGCUGCAGGUUGUGUACACCGUGGGCUACUCCCUGUCUCUUGCCACACUGCUGUUCGCCUUGCUCAUCUUGAGUACCUUCAGGCGGCUGCGCUGCACUCGCAACUACAUCCACAUCAACCUGUUCACGUCCUUCAUGCUGCGGGCAGCUGCCAUCCUCACCCGGGACCGUCUGCUUCCUCCCCCUGGCCCCUACCCUGGGGAUCAGGUCCUUACCCUGUGGAACCAGGCCCUAGCUGCCUGUCGCACGGCCCAGAUCGUGACCCAGUACUGCGUGGGCGCCAACUACACGUGGCUGCUGGUGGAAGGCAUCUACCUGCACAGUCUCCUCGUGCUUGUGGGAGGCUCCGAGGAGGGUCACUUCCGCUGCUACAUGCUCCUCGGCUGGGGGGCCCCCACGCUUUUCGUCAUUCCUUGGGUGAUCGUCAGGUACCUGUUCGAGAACACGCAGUGCUGGGAGCGGAAUGAUAUCAAAGCCAUUUGGUGGAUCAUACGAACCCCUAUUCUCCUAACAAUUUUGAUUAAUUUUCUCAUCUUUGUCCGCAUCCUUGGCAUCCUCGUGUCAAAGCUGAGGACGCGACAGAUGCGCUGCCCGGACUACCGACUGAGGCUGGCUCGCUCCACGCUGACGCUGGUGCCCCUGCUGGGCGUCCACGAGGUGCCUAAGCGAGGUGCAGGAGCUACGCCCUUUGAGUUCAGGCCCUCCUACUCAGAGAGGAUCGAGGGUUCGAGUCAUCCUCUGGUGCAGCCCAGAAUGGGCUGCGAAGAUGGGAUUUUUUUCAUUCAUUCUACACUUCCGUCCUGACUGGGGAAGCAGGGAGAAGGCAGGAGACCCGGAAGCCCCAGCAGUACUGCCUCCUGGUUAAGAUCGAGGGCUUUGAGAUCAGCCAGGGCUGGGACCAAAUCUGGGUCCUCACUUCCCAGCUCUGUGACCUUCACCUCAGGGCCAGGGAAAAGGCGAAGCAUAUGAAGUGCCUAACAUGCCAAAUGGACAGAGAUGUCCACUGAUAUUUAAGGUCAACCCUGCCCGUGCUUGUCCUAUCCUAGUCUCCAUCCUGCUUUACCUUGUUGGGCCUCAGUUUUCCCAUCUCUAAAGUGGGGACAAUACUAGUUUCACUUUAUUUAUCAAUUCAGCAAAAAUUUAUUGAACACUUACUAUAUACCAAGCACUUUUCCAGGCUUUCUAUGGGGAUAUGGCCAACCCAAUGGUCCUUAUCCUUUAGUGGGAGAGACAGAUGCUAUAUAAGUAAAAUACACAGAAUGUCAGAUGGUGAAAUGUGCCUAAAGGAGGGAGGGAUGAGAAGGCAAGAAAAUAGAGAUGACAAAGAAGAAUGGGAUUACGGACAGGGGUCAGGGAAGGCCUUGCCGAAAAGACACUAGAGCAGACACCCAAAGAAGAUGAGGGAAUGCACCAGGAAGGUAUUUGGGGGAAAUGUUCCAGGAAGAGAAAUGCCAAGUGCAAGAUCCCUGAGGUGAGAGAGAGUACUGAUCAUGAUGGCACUCUCAUGGCCAGCAUGCCUGAAGCAGGGGGUGGGUGGAUAGGACAGAGGUGAGGUACCCAGGUAGAUCCUUGGGCCUAGAGAGGACCCUUUGCUUUUCCUCUGAGUCAGUUGGGAGCCACGGGAGCACAGGAAUGUGAUCAGAGUUGGAUUUUAAUGGGAUUGUGGAAAGUGAUAAUAAGUAAUAUCUUAC